UCAGAAGACGACCCUGACCCACUCGAGCUUCGUAAGCUCGCUCUUUCUUAUGAUUAUCUCAUCUACAAGAUCAAUGACCAUGUAUCUACUAUGGCGGACACAACAUAUCAGUCCAUUCUCAGCAAGCAGAAACUCAUUGAAAACAAUUACUUCGAAGACCAAUUACACUUGCAAGAUGAAUUGGACCACGUAGAAACAUUACUUGACAACUGUACGCAAUUAGAGCUUGAGUUCAUGAAACUCGAUCAGCUAAAGAUGUUCAUCGACGACUUCAAGCUGCGCUUGGAUGUUCUCGAGUUGGAAUACCUGAAUCUUGAGUGA